AUGGAUCCAUUCGAAGGCGGCCAGGAUCUCGAGCGACGCUUCAACAAGGCAUACAGAGACUUCAUAGUCACUAUGCAGAGUAUAAUCCACACACUACAAGAGGAUGGCUUCAGCAUGGAGAAUUGUUGGGAGGUCUGCGACCAAUUCGAUCUUCUUGAUUCCCUACUAGGUGAUCUGGAAGAACUGGGCCCGGAGAUGGUAUUGGAGACUCCACAACGAAGCGUCUUCCGUAGUAAACUCCGAUGCUACUUCCUGAGUCAUAGAUUCACGCUUGAUUGCCUUGGUGUUCAAACUGGCUUGGAUGAUAUUCGAGAUAUUUUGGCUGAGUGUUUUUAUGAUGACUGCUCUCAGGUUGCUUGUAUUGGGUUGGAAAGUCUCUUGGCCAGGAUUCCAUUCUAG